CUGGCUUGAGAAUAGCAAGCACAACAAAGUACACUGCAAGAGAAAAUAGAGUCCCGUGCGGAUCCUCCUCCUCCUUCUCCCAUCGGUUAACGGCUAUCCCUUGAGGUAUUUUGGUCUUCUACCAAACCUCAGGGACACUACGAAAAUGGACAUCCUUUAUGGACACGAUAGAAAACUUGAAUAUCUGGAAGAGCCAGAUGAUGUGGAUUUCUUUGAUGCAAGCGACAUAUUUCACUCGCAUGUGACAGGUUUCCCCAGCCCUGACAAUGUUGGUUAUGAAAGUGACUGGUUGAACAGCUUCUUAGAUGACCCUGUGCUGAAUGACAAGAUGAUGAGUGAUGCAAUGAAUCCACCAUGUAUCAAAUCAGAACACAGCUACAGUAUAAACGACAAUGAACCUGGAUCACCCAACACCCAACAUGAAGACAUUGACACAGACAUUUUCUCCAAUACUGCCGCAUUAGAUCUGACCAUGAAACCAGCUCCAGUGAUGAAUACUGAAACCAACAUCUCAGACAGCUUCUUGGCUGUUACCACAUCAUCAUCCACCUCAACCACAUUCAACAUUUCAUCCAGACAGCCAACUAUUAUCGUCACAACCACGUCCUCAGCAUCAUCAUCAACCUCUUUUCUAAAUGAGCCCAUCACCUUUCCUAAUAUCCAAAUCAAAGAGGAACAACCAGAUUGCUUAGACCAAGGAAGUGAACCAUCUGUCAACUUAGAAACAAUAUUACUACCACCAACUCCUCCGGGCAGUUCUGGCAGUGACAGUGAUGGCAGUCAGAGUCCCCAGAGGUCAGCACCCUCAAGUCCAAUAAGACAGACCUACAGACACUCAUCCAGUUCACCACUGUCUGGAAAACCUUAUUCACAGCCAUUCUUUGUCAAUCCUAUCUCCCAAUCAGGUGUAUUAAUUUUAUCAGAAGAAGAGAAGCGAACUCUGAUUUCAGAAGGUUAUCCUAUUCCAACCAAACUACCACUUACUAAACAGGAGGAAAAGAAUCUAAAGAAAAUAAGAAGAAAGAUAAAAAACAAAAUUUCUGCCCAAGAAAGUAGACGAAAGAAGAAAGAAUACUUAGAAGCUUUAGAAAAAAGAGUGGAAGCAUAUAAUCAUGAAAAUAAUGAUUUGAAAAAAAAAGUGGAGAAUUUGGAGAACAACAACAGGUCAUUAUUAGGUCAGCUCCAGAAACUUCAAUCCUUAGUUAGCAAAAUGCCCAAAGCUGCAGCUGCCUCAGCCACACAGUCAGGCACGGCUUUAAUGGUUCUUGUGUUUUGUUUUGCUGUCUUUCUUGGGAGCAUGUCACCUGCCAAUCUUAAUGUUGGCUACUCCAGUAAACCUGCCAUGCUGGGCUUUGUCCAACAGCCAGCCAGUGUGGUGUCUCCACAGCAUGACAUAGGACCUAGGAUGAUGACGGCUCAGGACACUAGUAACCAGUAUAAUACGCCAAACUUAAAAUCCAGGAUGUUAAUGUCAGUGGACCAAGAUGACUAUUGUGACGACUAUAGAGCCAUGCCUUGGGACAACUCACUGCUAUGCCCUAUGCCAGAACAGACCUCUGAGAAAAAUGAGAACCUUCCCAAGCCUGGAGUAGACCUUUUGGGAGGAGCAGAGAUACCUGCAGGUGGUAAGAGUUCCCCAGACACAACAGUGGUGAUGGUGGUGGCUGCCAACAUGGAGAACACUAGCGACACCUACCACCAGAGCACUGUCAUCCCUGAUAUCAAGAUAACUCACAAGGAAAUGUUGAAACACACCAACAUUCACAACAUGUCAACAGAGAUGGAAACAGCUUAAUUUUAGAUUUUGUUUUGUUUCUUGAACUUUGUGGGGAAACUUUUUGCAAUUUCGAUUUUCUCUAAAUUAAUUCUACAUGCCUAUAUACAAUAUUGUUUCUGAUGUAAACAAAACACAUAAGAAAAUCAAUUGUUAAAAAAAUGUAAUCUUAAGCAUUCUUCUUAUGUAAAGUGUCAACUUAAUUGUAAAGUGUCAAAUUACUGACAUGUUUUUGCUAGUAUUCAUUAUUUACUUUGUUUCUUGAUGUCAUCCAAAAACUUGUCAUUUCAAUGUUACUAUUAUAGUUUUGUGAUCCAAUAUAUACUUUAUAUAUACAUAUAGAAUGUCAAAAAAUACACAUCAGAAUGUGUCCAAAUUGAAUGUGUUGUAUAUCAGCCAAAUAUUUUACUGGAAUUUUAUUUUCUUGACUGCUGCAUGUUGCUUUACAUAAAUAUGCAGCAAACAUUGACUUAGAAAGUCAUGUAAUGUGAGCUAACAUAACAGCUUUGUAUUGAGGCAGGCUUUAGAUACAAGCAGCCUAUGCCGGCUCUUGAUUCAGGGCUUUCUGUGUAAGCUGUGUGAUUCAAAGCAUCGUUGGCAGGCCUAUUGAAACAGGUCAUGACUGGCAUACCAAUCUAUACACAGCAUCCUGGGCAGGCCAGUUGUCUUGAUUCUUGUUGUUAAUAUUGGUGUUACUCUUAAUUGUAUGCUAAAAAUAUCUACAAUGUUUUAUCAUGGUCAAAUUUUUAACACUAACUAAAUGUUCAUGAUGGAACGGACCAAAUUAAAUAACAUUGGUGUGUCUUUGAACUUGUUCAUCCAUCUUAGUAGCUCUACUGCUAGCUAGAUGGUGAAACUUGAUUGUUAAACAAAUGUGAUUCAUUAAUAUUUUUUUUUAAUUCAUGAGUUUCUUUUUAUCUCGCACUAUGUUCACUGCCUAGAACUCAUGAGAAAUCUUAAGCUUUCUUUUGUGCUGAAUCUGAUUGGAACAUUUUUGUUAGCAUUAUGUUAGUAUCAUACAGAAAAAAGGUGUUUUUCAUUUCAUUCAUAAUCUAGUUUGCUAGUCUAAAUGCUUCCAGAGUCAAUGUUCUGAAUGAUUCAUGCAUUGCCAUAUUUUAACAUCCACAUUUCAAAGUUACCCAAGUAUUUUUUUUUUUUUACAUUUAUUUUUAUAUAAAAAAAUUAAUGAAAUAAAAAAAAAAAAAGAAUAUUAUGUUUAGCAUGUGUUAGUGAACUUUGACCUUUUUUUUUUGGAGAAACUUUUUUUUUUUUGCCGUCCAGUUCUUUUUUUUGCGUUAACUCCAAGAAUGAAUUGAUUCUUUUUCUCUCCUUCACAAACACACAGGGAAUACAAAUAUGUCCAAAGUUAAAACAUAUGUCCAGAAGUUAUCUUGGUUGAUUUCUCUUGCUGCAGUAGCAUGACCUUUCUCUGGCGUAUUGUAGAUGAAACUUAAACAAAUUGACUAGAUGUUUUUAUUUUUAAAGUUCAUUCAAACCAUGCCUAGCAAUAUUCUUUUAUUUCGUCGUUGGAUUAGUUUUGCUUUGAAGUGCUGUAGAAUUUCCUUUGGCAAAGACAACUUUUAAAAAAGCAGUUGUAAGAUGUGUAUGUUAGUCAGUUUAAUUUUUUUUCUUACCUAAAAUGUCAGUGUGACCUACUGACUCUGAAUUCCUAUGUCUAGGUCAAAGGCAGAACUUUUAACUUUUUAUUUUCUUCAAUGUAUAAAGUGGUUGAUUGUUUUAUUUAUUUUAACAUAGUAAAUUUUACUUUUUUUUCUCUUGCCUUCAUUGAAUUUGAAAUGAACUACUUGCAAUGACAAAUUAUUAUUGGAGUGAUUUUGUGAGGAUUCAAAUGUUGCAACACACUGUGCAUUGAUGUAUUUAGUAACAUUUUGUUACUUGGAUUGAUUGGGAACAUUGCUGAGCUUUUGGUUUCUUGUUACUUUAUGCAUUUUUUUGUUUUCACACUGUAAUGAUGCAGAGGUUAACAUAGUGCAGGGGGCCAGCAAAUAAUUCAAAGUGAGAUUAUGGGGAAAAGAUUUUAGAAUAGGGAAUUUCCCAUAGACUAUUUUAGUAUUUGUUUUUAUUGAAGCAGAGCUGAUCAAAUGUUGUUUUUUUUUUACAUAUUUUGCUCCAAAAUAUAAUUGCUGACUUCUUGGUGAAUGAAACAUUUUUUUUUUUUUUUUUAAACAGUGAAGCUAUAUUUCUGCUAGUAUUUAAGAGAAUUAGACUUGAUGUUACAUGAGUUUUGUCCUAAGCUUUGUUGUCUUAAAUUAAAUGGAUUCUAUAAAUAUUUAGUGUAAUAAUGAUUACAUUUGAGGCAAAACACCACAUCUUAUGACUAAAAGCACAAUUUAUUCUGUUAACUGUGAUUUCUGACUGCUGGCAACUCAUUAGUUGUGAUCCUCAAGGCAUUAACUUGUUUCAUUUGUGCCAGUGAUAAUUAUUUCAUUCAUUAGUUAUUUUUUGUUCUGCUGUCUUUGAUGCCAAACUAGAAGAUUUUAUUUUGCAAAUGAAAAGUAUCAUGUGCAGACAUUGUUAAUAGAAAGUAAGUUUACUGUAGUAUUUAUUUCUUGAUGUGCAAUGAUUAAUGAAGUUUGAAAAGACACUCAUCUUGACAGUAGAUUUUGAAGCAAUAUUGUGACAGUUUUGUUCUAAAUUUGUGAAGGAUUUUUUUUUCUUCUUUACAUUUAAGUUAAAAGCCAAUUUGUUCUUGGCAGUAAAUUUCUAUAAAACUAAAAUAGAUUUAGCUAAAUCUGCUUUUGUCUUUCUCAAGACUUUGAAACUUUAUUUUAUGUUGAUUAUUGUACAUAUGAUUUUAUUUAUAUUCCGAAUGCAGUGCAUACAAAGUCAUUUUAUAGAAUGAAUAUAUUGUAAGUAUUUCCUAGGUGUAAUUUUAAACUAGAUGAUGCAAAUUGGCUAAAAUUAUAUUCUAAAAUCUAUUUUUAUGGAGCUCUAUUUAUUUAUGGUGCAUUACUUUUAAAAAUAAAUGAUUUAUCUCAAGCUACUUCUGAACUAGUUUGAUCUAAAAGGACAUUUAUUAUUUAGCCAGAUGUUUAAGAUAAUAUUUCUAUUGACCAGUGGUGCCUUGUUCACUGUCAGUUGAUUGAGGCUUUAGCUCAACCAUUUCUUAUGCUGUGAUUGAUUGGAUGACAGUUGAAUGGAAAAUGCUAGUCAUAUAUUUGUGUUAUUGUUUGCUUUGACUGAUACUGUUGGUGACAGUGAUUCAUAGACUUAUUACUCUAUCAAGCCAUGAUGAAUGUCAUUCCUUUGUAUUGAUCUUACUAUGUAUGUAUGUCUCAUUGUGUUUUAGACAGGACUUUUACCUUGUCUGAUGAUCAAGUGGAACCAAGUGGAAAUUCAUAUACAUUAUUUUAUGAAGGUAGAUUUUUAGAUAGAAACAAUUUUAUGUGAAACAGAAACAUGCUUUUGUUCAGAGCUUUUCUAAGAAUUUUAUGAUAAUGUUACAGUUUUCUAAAUAUACACCAUUUUUAAAGGACAUUUUGUCAAGAUAUUUAUUUCUGAUCACUACUGCACUACACAGCUGUAGUAGCAAUCUAGUUUUGAAAAGCUUUUGUAUCUGUACAUCAGGUUGAAACUUUCAGUAAGUUCAGUUCAAUCAUGCCUGGACUAUAAAAUAACUUGUCUAUUUUCAAGAUUGAUUCAAACUUAAAUCUAGUUGUUGCUAUUGAAAUAGAGACAUGCAUUUAUACAGUUUGUACAUAAGAUGAUGUUUAUUCUCUUGAUGCUUGUAUCUUUGGUUUUGUUUUUUUUCAACUCUAUGACCAUUUGUGUUGGUUGAGGGAAGUCUUGUUGACCCACUGGGUGACUCUUGUUGACCCACUGGGUGACUCUUGUUGACCCACUGGGUGACUCUUGUUGACCCACUGGGUGACUCUUGUUUUGUUUACUUCCUGUUCUGUUCAGUUGGAAACACAGGAAAUGAACAAUUGUAAAUAGAACUUGACAAAAUAAAAAUAUGAUUUAUUUCUA